UAUUGAUCCAAAAUUAUGAGAAGCAGAAAGAAGCGAUUAAAUGAGAAUCGAGAGAGACAGAGAAGGCUGAAGCAAGUGAUUAAUUCAUCGUCGCUAUCUCAUACAAUGGCAGCCAUUGGGACUUGCUGUUCAACGCUUCCUGCAAGAAGCAACCUAAGGACGUCCUGGCUUUCCAUAAGGACUGUUCCUCAUAGAAGAACCUAUCCAGGGAAACAAGUUCUUCAGAGAAAAUUUGGAAUUAGAGCUGAAAUAAAUUUUGUCAAUGUUGAAGAAGCAAAAAAACUAACUGCAGAUGAUGGAUAUGUAAUCGUUGAUGUUCGGGACAAAUCACAGUUCGAUCGAGCUCACAUUAAAUCGUGUUACCAUGUCCCGCUUUUCAUUCAAAAUGAAGACAAUGAUCUUGGAACUAUUAUCAAAAGAACAGUGCACAACAAUUUUUCUGGUCUCUUCUUUGGAUUGCCAUUUACAAAGCCCAACCCUGAGUUUGUGCAGUCUGUUAAAGCCCAGUUUUCACCUCAAACCAAGCUAUUGCUAGUUUGUCAGGAAGGAUUAAGGUCCGCUGCUGCUGCUGACAAGUUAGAGAAAGCUGGUUUUGAAAACAUAGCUUGUAUAACAUCAGGACUCCAAUCAGUAAAACCAGGCACAUUUGAGUCGGUUGGUUCGGGUGAGUUACAAGAUGCUGGCAAAGCUGGUUUGGUGCAAAUCCAAGGCAAGAUUUCAGCUGUGCUAGGAACUGUUCUUAUCUGUGCAUAUUUGUUCAUAACCCUGUUUCCAGAUCAGGCUGAGAAGCUGCUUCAAAUGGUACCAUCAAGUUAAACCAUUGUCCAAUCAUAAACCCUUUAAUUUUAAUUUUUGUUUAUUUAUUAUAAUUAAUUUCUCUUUUUAACACCAUAUUUUUCCAUACCGUCCUCUCUUCUCUUCCCUAUCUCGACUACUAUAUAAACGUGUCUCGACUAUUUUAUUAACGUAAUGUCGGUUAGCUCUA